AUGCGCAGUUAUGACUACCAGCCUCUGGAUUUUGACAUUACGCUUAUCGAGCUCUUCCACCCUGUGGAGGUGACUGCGGCAGUGGCUCCCAUCCCCAUGGGAGAGCUUCCUUGUUGUGUAUCUGGAUGGGGAAACGCCGUACCUGAAGGUGACAGCAGCGGCGAUGCCCACCCGCCUGCAGCGUCUGGACUCUCUCGGCGUUGGUCGGAGCGACUCUGGCAGCCCAGCGGUGUGUGUGUUGGAGGAGUUCACGGCCUUAUGUCACGGGGUCAGAGAUGUGCUCAGCCCAAUUACCCCGGCGUUUACGUCAAAGUGUGUGAGUUUGUUUACUGGAUUGCAGACCCUCUCGCACUAAACCCCUGAAGAAGUGAUUGAUCUUUUCGACGCCCUUCUUGCAGUUUAUUACUCUCUAUUUCCCGU